AUGGUGAACCGGAGCAACGCGUUCAAAGUGAUAGUUGUGGGCGGAGGUCCGAUAGGGCUCGCAGCUGCCCACGCACUUUACCUGGCUGGCAUUGACUUCCUCGUCCUAGAGCGCAGGCCUACUGUGGUGGAAGAUAAAGGCGCUAGUCUUAUUGUUCAUCCUCACACAUUCCGGGUUCUGCAUCAAUUCGGUAUUCUAGAGGAUUUGCUAUCUCGGGGCGCUGAGUUGCGUCACCAUCUGUCGUUUACGGCUGAAGGACAUGUAUUUAAUGAGGGUACUAGAUAUACCCGACUACGCGAGAAUCAUGGUUAUGGGCCGGUUGCGUUCCACCGUGCCGAGUUAAUCGAGAUUAUGUACAACGGCCUUCCGCCUGCUGUGAAAGAGAAGAUCUUAACGGACAAGAAACUAGUCGACAUCGAGAUGAAGCCAGAUGGGGUCAAAGUGACCUGCGCCGAUGGUAGCACUUUUGAGGGAUCGAUUGUGAUCGGUGCCGACGGCGUUCACAGUAAAACUCGCCAGUUAAUGCGCACGCUCGCUCUGAAGGAGAACCCCACACGAGCAUGGGACUCUGAGCAACCCUAUAUAGCAACCUACCAGCUUCUAUACGGUGCAUUCCCGUCACCUUCUACAUCAGGUUUCGGGUACGACAUUCAGUCAGAGAACAAGGCUAUCAUGUACUUCAGCAGUCCCGAUCGCGGAUGGUUCUUCUUGUAUAAGAGACUCCCAAAGCCUAAAAAAGAGCGCACAGCUUACACCUACGAGGAUGUUGAGUCCGUGGCCCAGGAGUUUUUGGAGUUUCCCCUGACAAGGACUGUGAAGGUGAAAGAUGUUUGGCCACGAAUGUUAGGGGCGGGUCUGACGAACCUGGAGGAGGGAAUCGUGCAGCACUGGAGUCUAGGAAGGAUUGUGCUUGUGGGUGAUGCAUGCCACAAGAUGACCACGCACCUGGGGCUUGGAUUCAAUAAUGGCGUCCAAGAUGUGGUGGUGCUCUGUAACAGUCUUCGGAAGGCCAUCAAUUCAGCUCCUAACGACAGCCCAAGUGCCACAAUCCUCACACAGAUUUUUGAGGAGUACAAGGCAGUUCGAAUGAGUUCUCUAUGCUCACUCAAGGGCGAUGUUUGGAAAUCUGGAUUUGAGACGCGUAUGCACGCCUGGCACAACACCUGGUACUAUAUUAUUUCGCGGUAUUUAGUUCUUCCUAGCCUUGUGGAGGACUUAUUCAUGCGGUACGUUAUGGCGCCUGAGUUUCGCAAGGGACAGGUUUUGGAUUAUGUUCCAAAGGAAGAGGCAAUGAAGGGUAAGAUCAGCUGGUUGUACCCUAUGAAGGCUUAG